AUGGAAAACGAUAAGCUACAUGAGUUGUUGCGCACACAGUAUAUUCUAGAAGAAUCCGGUAUCAACCCAUUUCCUGAUUCUGCCGAAAACUUGCGCGCAAUUAGCAUUUUAGAAUCCACUGCUGAGUUUUUGGGAGAUCGUUAUCAGGUUGGAUUGCUAUGGAAAAAAGACAGCCGAGCCUUUCCCGAUAGCUACCCGAUGGCUAUUCGUCGGGAAGCAGCGUUUGAGAAAAAGUUAUCGAAGAACCCAGACAUGGAGAAGAAUGUUCGGCGCCAGAUACAGGAGUACAAGGAGAAAGGAUAUGCGCACAUCGCGACUGAGGAGGAACUUAAAAACAGCGACCCAUCCCAAGUGUGGUAUCUUCCACUAAACGUCGCUCUCAACCCACGCAAGCCUUCUAAGGUUCGACUUGUGUGGGAUGCAGCAGCAUCUGUGAACGGAAAAUCGUUGAAUUCGGAACUUUUAGCUGGGCCGGAUUUGCUUGCCUCGUUGCCGGGAAUAAUAAGCCGUUUCCGUGAAAAGCCUGUAGCAUUCGGAGGAGACAUAGCCGAGAUGUACCAUCAACUGAGAAUCCGACCCCAAGAUAGGCAGGUACAGCGAUUUUUAUUUCGUGAAGAUCCAUCGAAACCACCCCAGGUGUUCGUCAUGGACGUGGCCACCUUUGGGGCUACAUGCUCCCCAUGUUCUGCGCAUUUCAUAAAAAACUUAAAUGCCAGAAAGUUUGCCGAUAAAUUUCCCAGAGCGUCCGAAGCUAUCUUGGAACAACAUUAUGUGGACGAUUAUUAUGAUAGCACUGAUACCGUCGAGGAAGCUAUAAAUCUUACCGUGCAAGUGAAAGCUAUACAUGAGCAUGGAGGAUUUGUAAUCCGUAAUUUUGUGUCCAAUUCCCGAGAGUAUCUAGAGCGAAUUGAAUAUCCCAGUUCAAUUUCGAAUAUUCACAUCCGUGCCGAUAAGCUCAACGAAACGGAACGAGUGCUAGGUGUCGUUUGGGAUCCUGAUGAAGACGUCUUCAGUUUUUCCACUGUCAGUAAACCUGAACUGAAUCCAACGAUCCUUGAGGAUAAACGACCAUCCAAAAGGCUCAUUCUCAGCUGCGUGAUGUCAAUGUUUGACCCGUUGGGAUUGAUAUCGCCACUCACGAUUCAUGGUAAGCUGCUAGUACAAAAUUUGUGGAGAACAGGAUGUACGUGGGACGAUCCAAUCGACGACGAUUCCUUCCAAAAAUGGGGGCGAUGGAAAAGGUUGCUGUCCGAGGUGAGUGCUUUAAAAAUUCCUCGUUGUUAUUUUGGCAAUGCACUUUCGACGCAGUGCAAGGAUGUCGAGUUGCAUAUAUUUUCCGAUGCUAGCGAAAGUGCGUACGGCUGUGCUGCUUUCUUUCGAGCUAAAGUAAAUGGUGAAGUUCGCUGUUCGUUGUUGAUGAGCCGCUCUAAAGUAGCUCCUUUGAAGCAACUUUCGAUACCCCGUCUCGAGCUGUUGGGUGCUGUCGUUGGUGCACGAGUUGCUGAAACGGUGCAGGCAAAUCAUCGCUUCAAAAUAGUCAAACGCUACUUCUGGACGGACUCACUGACGGUUCUGUCGUGGAUACGCUCUGACCAGAGAAAGUACAAUCAAUUUAUCGGAUUUCGCAUUGGAGAAAUAUUGAAUACGACUAAACUUGUAGAGUGGAGAUGGGUUCCGACCAGGUACAACGUCACAGAUUUACUAACAAAGUGGAAACCAAAUUUUGAUUAUUUAAACCCGAAUAGUUCGUGGUUUCGAGGUCCGUCUUUCUUGUAUCUAAAUGAAGAAGCUUGGCCUGAACAAAAAUUCCCUCAACCCAACAUUCAAGAAGAGAUGAGAGCACAAUUCCUACUGCACGACGUGCAUGUACCUGCCUCGGUAAUUGAUGUCACGAGAAUUUCAAAAUGGUCUGUUUUGGUACGAACGAUGGCAAGUGUACUAAGAUUUAUCUCCAACUGCAAACGGAAAUGCAAAAAAUUGUGCAUCGAAACAUUACCAGCAACCGAAACACAAUUGAAGUUAAUUAUCCCGAAUGUCGUAAGUUCUGAACUGACCCCCCUACGUAAAGAAGAACUUCAGCAAGCAGAAACAUUUCUUUUUAAAUUCUCCCAGGGAGACAUGUUUCCUGAUGAUCUCCGUGUCCUGACUAAAAAUUCGAAUUUGCCCCCGGAAAAGUGGUCGACGCUUGACAAGUCAAGUUUCCUUUUUAAACUUACACCAAUGCUAGAUGAAAGUGGUUUGAUUCGGGUUGAGGGACGUACGGAAAACGCAGAUAUGCUCCCAUUUGAUUUGAGAUUUCCCAUUAUUUUACCGAAAGGUCAUCCGGUAACAUUGAAAAUUAUCCAAAGUUUCCACGAAAAGUUUGGUCAUGCGUAUCGCGACACUGUUAAAAACGAAUUGCGUCAACGUUUCUGUAUUCAACAUAUUGGAUCCGAAAUCAAGAAAGUCUCAGCAAAUUGCAAUUGGUGCAAGGUGAACCGAAACCGUCCUGUUACACCAAGAAUGGCCCCACUUCCUAUUCAACGAGUUACUCCAUUUCUUCGCCCGUUUAGUUACGUAGGAGUUGAUUACCUAGGCCCGAUAACAGUUACUGUUGGAAGAAGAAGCGAAAAACGAUGGAUUUGCCUCUUUACUUGCAUGGUUGUGAGAGCCAUACAUCUUGAAGUUGUCCACACUUUAAACACCGAAUCCUGCCUGAUGGCCAUCCGACGAUUUAUCGGACGCAGGGGUCCGCCGCUGGAAUUCUUAUCCGACAACGGCACGAACUUCAAAGGCGCCAGUCGGGAACUAAAAAAUGAACUUCACUCGAUCAACCUAGAUUGCGCCAAUGCGAUUACCACAGCACAAACGGGAUGGCGCUUCAACCCCCCAGCUACACCCCAUAUGGGCGGAGCGUGGGAAAGACUAGUUCGUUCCGUUAAAGAUGCCCUUUUUGUAUUAGACGACGGAAAAAAGCUAACCGACGAAAUUUUGGUAACCUCGAUAGUAGAAGCCGAAGACAUGAUAAACAGUCGUCCUUUGACUGUUGUCUCGUCCGAUAUCGCUGAAGAACUCUCACUCAGCCCGAACCACUUUCUCCGGGGCGCAUCUCCAAACGAGUCAGGCACGAUUCCACACUUUCCUUCCGAAGCCGAAACACUUCGAAAUUCAUUCCAGCGAUCACAACAAUUGGCCUACAAUAUGUGGAAGCGAUGGAUAAGAGAAUAUGUCCCAACUUUAAAUCAACGUACAAAGUGGUUUGGGGAAUCAGAUCCAUUGAAAGUUGGUGAUUUGGUUUACGUCGUCGACGGUGGCAAUCGGAAACUUUGGAUUCGCGGAAUAGUGGAUGAAUUGAUCAUGGCCGGUGAUGGAAGGAUUCGUCAAGCAUGGGUGAAAACCAACAGCGGAAGGUUGAAGCGCGGUACGGCGAAGCUGGCAGUUCUGGAGAUAAGUGGGUGUAAAGCCGAUCAACCGGAAGUUGCUUCCGGAGUCGGUUUACGGGUCGGAGAUUUGUUGGGAACCGCCGAGCAGCUAACACCUAUCGAAUAA